ACACCUCGCGGACUCUGACACCAUCCAGUCACACCUGAAUAGGAUGAAAACCUGUAGCAUCACUCAUAGGGACAACCAGGUGAGUGUCACUCAGAACACCUCGCGGACUCUGACACCAUCCAGUCACACCUGAAUAGGAUGAAAACCUGUAGCAUCACUCAUAGGGACAACCAGAUUUGUGAUCUUGAGGUGGAGGCAUCAGAAUCCAACUUCCUGAAGCUGAUUAAAACGCUGCUGGAAGACCCAGUUGAGAGGGAACGCUUCUUUCAGAACGUUUUUCCAGAGGAAUUUGGCUCAAAGUAUCACUCCGCACUGCAGACUCUGGUGUGGGAGUUCCUCUCCAGACUGGAGAAGCUGCUUCCAAUACCGACCCUUCAACAGACUGCAUCUUGGUUUCUACCUGACCCCUCUGUUCUGGAGGAGUGUGGGCAGUCUGUGCAUCACCCUCAACCUUUGAGGACCCUUCUCCAGUACCACACCAACCUUUCUCCAGACCCACAUGUUGAGGCCAAUGACGACCACAUCCUGUCUCCAUCUCCCCGAGAGUCAUCCACUGACCAAGCUGACCCAGAGAUCCAAUCAGAACCCAUACAGACAUGUAUGACCAUUCAAAGCCCUGCAUCAUGUUGCUCAAUCCGACUGUGUGAAGAAUCCACUUGAACGCCUCUCCAACUGGGAACUACUUGUGAAGGAAACGUAUCUGUCAUCUCUGAGCUUCCGGCUUCUGCCACAUGCGGAACUCUGACGUCACAAAGGAAAUCACCUUUGAUAACAGCAUUUUUUGGCAGUUAAAUGCAACAACAAAACAUUAUUUAUGAAACCAUUUAAACAAAAAAAAAUCUAUUAAUAUGUUUUUUUUGAAAAUAAGUUAGUGAGCAGGUUGCUGUACAUUCAGUUUGUGGUUGACACAGCUUUGCCAUCCAGCCAAUCGCCAUUUUCUAAAUUGGUUUAAAGCAUGUGAAUGUACUCAACUCGUUGCGCCCAGUUUCCCAUUUGUCAUGAAGGCAGCAUAAAGCACGCGCAUGGGAAGUGGCGCAGGUGCAUGCCAUUACGGUUUGGAAUGGAGACUUCAACUUACGAUUUUAACGAGGUUAUCAAUUAGUCUAUUAGACCAAUGUCAAUGGGGAUGUUUCCAAAUGCAAUAGACCUUAUACCACCCGUCGCAUAAAUAAGGCCAAUUAAGUACGACAUGAAUGGUUUAAAAAAAAAUCUUGCACAAUUGUCCAUGGCUGUCUAAUUGCAACGAUCCAGAACUUUCUGAGAGUUGAUUAAAUAUUGUCGGGUUCUCUGAUUGGAGGAAUCACUGAAGACUGAAACGCCUAUAAAAUGCUGUUUUAACAGAUCUCUCAGUGGGCAGAUGUUCCAUUGGGUACGUUGUUGGGGAGGGAUGAUGCACUGUCCAGUUUCAAGCACACGUGUAGAAGUCUGAAUACUGCGGCUCGUGCCAGUAAACUCGUAAUUCAGCCAACUCUGAAAAGAGCACUAGUCAUUUUGAUUUGUGAUAUACACUAAUCAGAUGUAUUUUGUCGGGUAAAUUAGAUUCCUGUUGGGUGGUUCUUAUCAACAGACUAAAACCUUUCUACAUUUUCCACAACAAAAAACUGCUUCUUUGAGUUAAUUUUGAAUUAAGUUAAUUUUGAAUUCUCCAUAUUGAAUGAGUUCAUUUUGAAUUCUCCCUAUUGAAGGAGUUCAUUUUGAAUUCUCCCUAUUGAAUGAGGUCAUUUUGAAUUCUCCCUAUUGAAGGAGUUCAUUUUGAAUUCUCCCUAUUGAAGGAGGUCAUUUUGAAUUCUCCCUAUUGAAGGAGUUCAUUUUGAAUUCUCCCUAUUGAAGGAGUUCAUUUUGAAUUCUCCCUAUUGAAUGAGGUCAUUUUGAAUUCUCCCUAUUGAAGGAGUUCAUUUUGAAUUCUCCAUAUUGAAUGUCAUUUUGAAUUCUCCCUAUUGAAGGAGUUCAUUUUGAAUUCUCCAUAUUGAAGGAGGUCAUUUUGAAUUCUCCAUAUUGAAGGAGGUCAUUUUGAAUUCUCCCUAUU